AUGGCCCUGCUGGCCCUGUUGUUCGGUGCCUUUGCACGAGGGGCAGCCGACGCAAGCGCCGGAGUCCCCUUGAACUUCAAGAUCGGGGAGCUUACCGAGGAGGAAUCGAAAUCAGAUGUGAUACCGGAGCAAUUCCGCUGCGCUGCCUGCAAGGCAGCGAUCUUCCAGAUACAACGUCGCUUGGACAAAUUAGGCUUGGAUCACCAAGCCAAACUGGAUAAGUCUGCACGCCGUGAACAAGCGGUGCGCGUCGCCGAGAUGCUGGAAGAAGCUUGCAGCGACGAGACUUACAAUGACUAUGGCAUCAAAGAGCCAGCCAGAGGAAACGGAGGCAAAGUCCUGAGUGGGCCUGGCAUCGAUACCAACGAUGCAGGUGUCCUCCAGGGUGGUGGAAAGUGGCCCAAGCGCAUGGGAGGCUAUUGCCGAAGUCUCGUGGAGGAAGAGGACUUGUCGGCUCAGUUUCGGGAGGGCAGCUUGGAGAGGUUUUGUGACAGGGACUGUGUCGCGAAGAGCGGCGAAAAGCCUCGCCGCAAGCCGGCCAACAAGCCGCGGCCGCGUGCAGCGACUCAUGCGACCUCUGCCGCCGCGCAGUCGGGCAAAGCGACAUCCGGCCUGGAUGAGCUGCCGCCACCGCCCCACGAGCACAAGGUGGUCACGGCUGAGAACAUCUCCGAAGUUAUCGCCCAGCGAAAAUUUCACAAGUUUGUCCUUGUCUUGUUCUUCGAUGCUUCUCAUCGAAGUGCGCAUGCUGUUGCCAUCUGGGAAUACGCUGCCCGCAUGUUGAAGAAGGCAAAGAAGAAGGAUCUUCGCAAAGCGGUCCUCGCCAGGUACGACUCAUCGAACGGAGACACCUGGGGCUACAAUUUCCAAGGGCCUUUGCCAAGAGGUUUGCUGUACCGGAAAGGAUACCGCAACCCAAAGAAGUUUGAUGGCAAGCUAGAUGGGCCGCAAGACUUGGUCGACUGGUUGACACAGCAGUCUGCCAAUUACAUGAAGGCUUUGACCAACACGUGCGAGGACGAUCCUGCUCAACUGUCCAAAGUGGCAGAUGGCCAGCUUGUUGCGGCUUGGCUGGAUGCAAGGAGCUGCUUGCGCGCUGAUGCAUCAGAAGACUCCGACGCCGAAGCCGGAAUCUACGAGCGCUGCGUUCGUGCGCUGCCAGAGUUUGAGAGCGAUGCUGAGAUCUCAGCCUGCCCUUUAUGUUCCGAGACGCAUGUCGGCCGUGUCGGCCUCCCAAUGGGUCUGAAGAGCGCAGGCGGCGCAGGCCUGCCAUCGCACAUCCAAGAAGAAGUAGACUGGCGUCGGCAGCAUACCAAACUCUUGCGUGAGAAGAUCGCCAUGCUGGAACAUGAGAGUUCAAUGUGGGAGCAAAAGUUGCAUAUACUGGGACGUCGAAGCCCCGGCACUUCGCCGAAGAAUAAGAUCGUCCAACUCUUUCCGAAGGAGAAGGCAGGCAAAUUGGAGCAAGAGCCUUCGCAACCCCAGGGAUCCCAAGGACAUGCCUUUGCCAUGUUGGCCUACGAACCUGACAUUGCGACACUUCUGGAGACUCCGAGCACCGCUCGCGAGGUCUUCGAGAAGAUGAAGCACCCCCGCGCCUUGCAGCCCCUGAAGCCCAGGCCGAAAGUCGACGUGGCACAGUCGCCGUUAGAGCAGGGCUCGGGCUCCCAUGACUUGGCCUUGGGGCCGGCGGAGUCGGCUGUAAGGGAGGCUGAAGACGAGUGCCUCCAGGCAGACCAGCGCGUUCGACAGGUAAGGCGCGAAGAGCUGCACAGAGGGCUGCAGAAUGAGCUUGAAGAAAUGCGGCUUUUGGAGGGAGAACGGCGAAAGCGGCGGGAGCAGAAGCGAGCAGAGUUACACGACGAGCUGCAGCAGCAACUUCAGCAGGAGAAAAAGACUUGGCAGAUCCGCCAGGACAAGCAAGAUCUCGAGCGGAAACAGCGUCAGCACCGGCAAGAGGCAGCCCACAAGGAGCUCAUUCUCGUCGAGCUUGAGAGGCUCCGAGACAAGAUUUCACUGAGGCAGAAGUUCAAUGGAGAGCAGGUGGCACAGCAAAUGGACGAAGCGCGACUGCAGGAGCUGCUGCAAAUUAAGUUAGAUGGUCUCGCCGAGGAAGUUUCAGUGGAUGGGCCCAAGAUCCUGACAGUCAAGUGCUUUGACUGGAACGAGUGGCUGUCCUCCGUACAGAAAUUUGUCGAGCUGACACCACAAAUCUCGACGGAGAUCGACGCAGUCUUCCCUGGGCGACACGGAAACAGGACGAUCUCACUCCUGGAGGUCGAUAACGCUUGUCGCGGCGAGCACAUGAAGCUUUCUGAGCAGCUUCGGGCAGGUCUAGCGCGAUGGAUGCAAACAGAAGGAGGUCGACAGGCACAAAGGUUGGAGCUGACAUUGGACCAUUGGUUGCUUUUUUAUGGGAACUUGCUUAGUGGAAGGACACGGGACAAGGAGGCAGACGUCCUGGCGUUGGAGGAGGCCUUUAAGGCCAUUGCCGGAGACGACGAAAGUGCGGUGACAAUGCUCGGGCUUCAGGAGUCCCUUUCCUCUCCACAUCUGCCUGAGCUGCACAGGCAGAUGUUAAACGUCUGGCUUCAGUUCACAAUCAAAAGAAAUCGUGCAGCUCUUGAAUUGCCUCCGAAAGCGGUUGGGCCUAAGCCCUUCGAGGCACCUUGCAGCGAUCUUGGUCUGUCUGCUGUCGCUGGCAAAGGCAAAGCCGACCCCGAGCAAGCACCACACGAGGCCGUGAGUCCAGUCCGGGAAGAGCUGGAUGAGCAGAAGCCGAAGGCAGAGCCAGUCAUGCAAGCUGCACCGGAGUCUGCAUCAGCUGACAGAGCCCAGCUUAACAAGAAGGCGAAGCUAGUCAUGCAAGCUGAACCCGAAACUGCAUCAAGUGCCAGAACACUGCCUGACAAGAAGGCGGCGCCAGUCAUGCAAGCUGCGCCGGUAGCUGCAUCAGCUGACAGAACACCACCAGUGCCUGAAAAGAAGGCGGAGCCAGCCACUCAAGACACAGCACCUACGCCUGAAAAAUCAUAUUUGGCCAAUCUGAUGGCCCGGACGCAGGCGCAAGAUCGCCAACCGCAGCCGGUGUCAGCAGAUCCGUCAACGGCUCUGGAAGGCCAGCUUGACAGGCGCGGAGGCUCACGGGCAGCAAGUGGAACAGAGGCAGGCACCAAAGCGGCCGAGCCACCAAGCGCCGGCGCAACAGAGCCGAGCAAGGCCAAGUCGACCCCGCAAGAGGAAGGCACGGGCGUCGAGACAGAAAGAAGCGAAGCUCCAGCUCAGCAACUCUCGCAAGUACAAGCGAAUGCCCAGACCCUUGCUCACCCACUCGAGACCGAUACGCAAGCGACCGGCGCAGACGCAAAGGUGACGAAGCCAUCCGCUGUCGAAGCUUCGCAGUCUCCGGGGUCUCAGGAACAGCAGCCAAAACAGCAACAGGCAGACUCCGACGAGCAGACUGCCAAGCAGGCAGCAAUUGAGGAGGAUGACAGCUUUGUGAAGGAGCAGUGGCUGGAAUGGUUCUUGAGCGCAGACCUUUCGCCGGACGAAGAGAAGUUGCUGCGUGCAGCUUUGCAGUCGUCAAGCUCAAGCCUUCCGCUUGGUGGCGAAGUAAUCCGCAAGGCUUUGAAGGCACAUGAGGCACGGGUUACUCCAGCUGAGAAAGAACAGUUGAGGGAAUGGUCCCAAUGGGUCCUUGAGAUGGAUGCCACGGACUAG